UAAUUCACUACAUUGAUGACUUAAAUUCUUCUGUCAUCAUAAGCAUACCAAUUAAAAGGAGUAUCCCAAACUCUAUAAGAAUAUAAACAUCUAAGUUAAACUUUAAACUCUAAAAUAUUAGUUUUAUCUUUACUGCUUGUAGUUAUCUCAGUUACUUAGAUGUCAUAUCCAUUAGGUUAAUAAUAAUCAUAGUUAUAUUUAUAGAUGACUAUCGAGACUUAUGGUGGUCUUUCAAAUAUUCCUGAAAAUGUAAACUCUUUUAAAUAAUUCGUAUUAGGAUUUGCUUGAAAUCCAUCUUCCCAAUUGUAUUAUGUAGCAAAUCCAGUAUCGUAUGUAAUAUAGCCAGAUGAGAAAACAAUCAGCAACAUAAUAAAUGCAAAGCUAUGAUAUUUCAUAACAAAUAAUUAAUUUUUUAAUCAAUUAUCUCAAUCUAGAAAAUUAAAUAUACAAAUAACAACUUAGUUGCUGUCUAUUAACAAAUAAUCUUGAAGAAAAUCAAUUCAAAGAUUUAUAGUAUCCUUCAUAUUUUUGA